AUGGCUUUAAUGCAUUUACAUGGAGGCGCGUGGAAGCCCUUCAUAGUUAGACCCAUUCCCUCUCAGCUCAUGAAGCCGCUGUUGGUGUUUGUCAACCCAAAGAGUGGGGGAAAUCAGGGAGCCAAGAUUAUCCAGUCGUUCAUGUGGUACCUCAACCCCCGCCAAGUAUUUGACCUGAGUCUGGGAGGGCCCAAGGAUGGGUUAGAAAUGUACCGUAAGGUGCAUAACCUGAGGAUACUGGCAUGCGGAGGUGAUGGCACGGUGGGCUGGAUCCUGUCUGCUCUGGACCAGCUCCAGCUGAACCCCCAGCCUGCAGUAUCCAUCCUGCCUCUGGGGACAGGCAACGACCUGGCCAGGACCCUCAACUGGGGUGGUGGUUACACAGAUGAGCCGGUGUCUAAGAUCCUGUCUCAUGUCGAGGAUGGGAACAUCGUCCAGCUCGACCGGUGGAAUCUAAUAGUGGAGCCCAACCAGGAUGCUGGGGCAGAGGAGAGGGAUGAGCAACAGACAGACAAGCUCCCCCUCGACGUCUUCAACAACUACUUCAGCCUCGGCUUCGAUGCACACGUGACACUAGAAUUCCACGAGUCUCGAGAGGCCAACCCUGAGAAAUUCAACAGCCGCUUUCGGAACAAGAUGUUCUAUGCAGGGACGGCCUUCUCAGACUUCUUCAUGGGCAGCUCCAAAGACCUAGCCAAACACAUCAAGGUCGUGUGCGACGGCACCGACCUCACCUCAAAGGUUCAGGAUCUGAAGCUGCAGUGUCUGGUGUUCCUCAACAUUCCCAGAUACUGUGCUGGUACCAUGCCAUGGGGCAACCCAAGCGAGCACCAUGACUUUGAGCCACAACGGCACGACGACGGCUGCAUUGAAGUUAUCGGCUUCACCAUGACCUCUCUGGCAACACUGCAGGUCGGAGGUCAUGGUGAGCGGCUGAACCAGUGCAGAGAGGUGACCCUCACCACCUACAAGUCCAUCCCCAUGCAGGUAGAUGGGGAGCCAUGCAAGCUAGCCCCCUCCACCAUCCGUAUCUCCCUGAGGAACCAAGCCAACAUGGUGCAAAAGGCCAAGAGGAGGACUUCUAUACCGCUGCUCAACGACCAGCAGCCCUUCCCGGAGAGGUUAAGGAUCCGGGUGAACCGUAUUAGCAUGCACGACUAUGAGGCCCUGCAUUACGACAAGGAGAAACUCAAAGAAGCCUCUAUCCCACUGGGCCUCAUCGUUGUCCCGGGAGACAGUGACCUGGAAACAUGCCGCUCCCACAUCGAGAGGCUCCAAGAGGACUUCAUCUCCAUUCAUCCCUCCUUCAAACGACUGGUGCUCCAGGAGGAUGAUGGAGCUAAAUCAAAGACCCUUUCCUCGCAGAAGCUUUCGCCAAAGUGGUGCUUCUUGGACUCCACAACUGCAGAUCGAUUUUACAGAAUUGAUCGUGCUCAGGAACACCUAAACUAUGUGACUGAGAUAUCCCAAGACGAGCUCUUCAUCCUGGACCCGGAGCUGGUUGUCACGGAGACGGUGAGCACCUCACCAGGGAUGCCUGAUCUGGUUGAUUCUUCUGGUGAAUUCCCGGAGGCAUCUCGCAAGUUUGCCUUCCCAUCCUCCUCCUCUUCUCCUCCCCCCUCACCGGGUCCCAGUCCCACCAGCCCACACUCAGACAGCGAGGCCAUGGACGUCAGACACAAGACAUCCCACUUCUUCUCCUCUCACUCCGGCUUCCCCUUUCCUGUCAGGAAGAGGAUCAUGGACCUCCAGAAGACCACUCAAAGGAAGCGAAUCUCCAGUGACAGUUCGGUGGUGGAGGCACUGGCACACAGCGACUCCCUCAGGUCCAGUAAGCCAGCCCUCACCAGGGCUGGAUGUAUCCAUCGGUCUAACACUACUGCAGCUGAUUUCAACCCAAACUUGAGGGUGGAGAAGAAUACACUGUGCAAUACAGACAAAGUAUCACCAGAAGUGUUGAUUGAAUGUGUGAAGAGCAAGGACCAUCUGAAGCUGAAGGAGCUGCACAAACUGGGAGCUGACCUGUCAGUGCAGGACCACUCAGGAUGCACCCUGCUCCACUAUGCUGUGGACACUGGUAGCAAGGAGACUGUCAAAUACAUCCUGGACAAUGCACCCACAGACAUCCUGGAUGUAACCGAAAAAGAAAAUGGGGAGACAGUGUUGCACAAAGCAGCGUCACUGUGUCAGAGGACUAUCUGUCACUACCUGGUAGAGGCAGGGGCAUCCCUCAUGAAGACAGACUUACAGGGUGACACACCAAAGCAUCGUGCAGAGAAGGCCAAGGAUGCAGAGCUGGCAGCCUACUUGGAGAACCGUCAGCACUACCAGAUGAUCCAGAGAGAGGACCAGAGACAGCCGUUGACUGCCCUCUGCUCCCUGACCUCCAGCGCCACUUCCCUGUCACCUAACCCCGUGCCAAACCUACUUUAG